GGUUUAAGGUAUAUAAUCGGCCACAAACUCUUUCUAGCAAUUUAGUCAUAGACUUGAAACGAAGAGGAUAGAAAAAGCAAACAGCUGAACGCUUUGGAAUUUCCAAAUACUCAAAAUAAUAUAGUAAAGUCGAAAUUACAUCAUGACGCAAAAAGCUAUCGGCAUCGAUUUGGGAACAACUUACUCAUGUGUUGGUGUGUUCCAAAAUGGUAAAGUGGAGAUAAUAUCGAACGAUCAAGGAAACAGGACGACACCGAGUUAUGUUGCGUUUACCGAAACAGAGAGGCUCAUCGGGGAUGCUGCCAAGAACCAGGUUGCAAUGAACCCUAAAAACACAGUCUUCGAUGCAAAACGAUUAAUAGGUAGAGCUUUUGACGACUCCACCGUCCAAGCAGACAAAAAGCAUUGGCCAUUUACACUGACCAAUAGAGCUGGUAAGCCAACAAUACAGGUACAACAUGCUGGAGAAGUCAGAACAUUUACUCCGGAGGAGAUCAGCUCAAUGGUGUUAAUGAAAAUGAAGGAAACAGCGGAGGCAUACCUUGGACAGAAGGUGACGAAUGCAGUGGUAACAGUUCCCGCAUACUUCAAUGACUCUCAACGACAGGCUACAAAGGAUGCUGGUGUCAUUGCCGGAUUGAACGUCUUACGAAUCAUUAAUGAGCCAACGGCAGCUGCACUAGCAUAUGGACUUGAUAAGAAACUGUCAGGUGAAAAGAACAUCUUGAUUUUCGAUCUGGGUGGUGGAACAUUUGAUGUUUCCAUUCUCACAAUAGAUGAUGGUGUGUUUGAAGUCCGGUCGACAGCUGGAGAUACUCAUCUUGGUGGUGAGGACUUUGACAACAGACUUGUAAAUCAUCUGGCAAAUGAGUUUCAGAGGAAGUAUAAGAAAGACAUGACUGUAAACCCCAGAGCAAUUCGUAGACUUCGGACGGCAGCAGAAAGGGCAAAGCGAACACUCUCCAGUAGCACUCAAGCUAGCAUUGAAGUCGAUUCCUUAUAUGAAGGUACGGACUUUUACACUAGCGUGUCCAGAGCCAGGUUCGAAGAACUCUGCGCGGAUUUAUUCCGCAAGUGUCUGGAACCAGUUGAAAAAGCAUUGAAUGAUGCUAAGCUUGGUAAAUCUGAGAUUCAUGAAGUGGUUUUGGUUGGAGGAUCAACUCGAAUUCCAAAAAUACAAAAGUUGCUUCAGGAUUUCUUGAAUGGCAAAAAUCUAAACAAAUCAAUCAACCCAGAUGAAGCUGUGGCCUACGGUGCUGCCGUUCAAGCAGCCAUCUUAUCUGGUGACAACAGUUCAGAAAUUAAAGACGUUCUAUUAGUGGAUGUCACACCUCUGUCCCUGGGAAUUAAGACAGCAGGUGGCAUGAUGUCAAAGCUGAUCGAUCGUAAUUCUCAAAUCCCAAAGAAAGCCACACAAACUUUCACAACCUACGCUGACAAUCAACCAGCUGUUACUAUUCAGGUUUACGAAGGUGAAAGAGCAAUGACAAAGGAUAACAAUCGCCUUGGAACAUUUGAUCUCUCUGGAAUUGCACCAGCUCCUAGAGGCGUCCCAAAGAUUGAGGUAUCAUUCGACAUUGAUGCCAACGGCAUACUGAAUGUAACUGCUAAAGAUAGUGGCACAGGGCGCUCAAAUAGCGUCACCAUUACAAAUAAUAAUGGACGACUAUCACAGGCUGAUAUUGAGAGAAUGGUGAAUGAAGCCGCACAGUUUAAAGCUGAAGACGACGCCGAAAGAGAAAGAGUGACAUCCAGGAAUAACCUUGAGAGCUAUGCCUACAAUGUAAAGACAAGUAUAGAAGGUACCGAUGAAAGCAAAGUAAAUAGUGCGGACAAAGACACAGUCUUGAAAGCAGUUAAGGAAGCCGUUGAAUGGCUGGACAACAACAGUCUUGCAACUAAGGAAGAAUAUGAUCACCAGCAAAAUGAACUGCAGAAGGUGUGUUCACCAAUCCUGUCGAAGCUAUACGGUGGUAAUGCACACCAGAAAGAAUCACACAACCACAGUAAACCUACAUCUGGCACUGGUCCGACCGUUGAAGAAGUUGAUUAAAUAAUGUAGUCAUUGAAAGAA